AUGGAAAGUAAGAAUUUCACAAAUGUGCACGAUUUCAUCCUUAUGGGAUUGACAGAUUCUGAAGACAUCAGGCGGGUCCUCUUUGUGCUGUUUCUCCUGAUAUACCUGAUUACCCUUCUGGGAAAUGCAGGGAUGAUACUGAUAAUCCGUCUGGAUCUUCAGCUUCACACCCCCAUGUAUUUUUUCCUCAGUCAGCUCUCAUUCCUUGACCUCUGUUACUCAACGGUCAUCACUCCUAAAACCUUAGAGAAUUUCCUGAAUUCCAACAAUCAUAUAUCAUUCAUUGGCUGCUUCACCCAGAUGUAUUUUUUUGUUUUCUUGGGAGCCACUGAAUUUUUCCUUCUUUCUUCAAUGGCCUAUGACCGCUAUGUAGCUAUCUGCAAUCCUCUUCAUUACCCAAUUGUUAUGUCUAUGAGACUCUGCUGUACCCUCAUCACUGGGUCCUACAUGAUUGGCUUUACUGAUUCCUUGGUCAAUGUUCUUUGCAUGAACAAUUUGCAUUUCUGCAGCUCCAAUCUAAUCUACCACUUUUUCUGUGACAUAACCCCAAUUUUAGCCCUGUCCUGCACUGAUACUCAAGACACUGAAAUCAUGAUACUCAUUCUCUCUAGCAUAAAUAUAAUGGUGUCUUUUAUCACAAUCUCUGUGUCCUAUAGGUCCAUUCUGUCUACUAUCCUGAAAAUUAAUUCUGCCUCAGGAAAGAACAAAGCUUUCUCUACUUGUGCCUCUCACCUCCUGGGAGUCACCAUCUUUUUUAGCACCAUGAUUUUUACUUAUUUAAGACCAAAGAAGUCUUACUCCUUGGGAAAGGAUCAAGUGGCCUCUGUGUUUUAUACUAUGGUGAUCCCCAUGCUGAAUCCACUCAUUUAUAGUCUUAGGAACAAAGAAGUGAAAAAUGCUCUCAUUAGAGUCAUGCAGAAGAGAGAGGGCUCCAGAAUAAAAAUUAAAGUGAAAAAGAGCAAUUAA